CGUUUCCUGUCAAGAUGGCGGAUAGCCUCCCUUCGGAGUUUGAUGUGAUCGUAAUAGGGACGGGUUUGCCUGAAUCCAUCAUUGCGGCUGCAUGUUCAAGGAGUGGCCAGAGGGUUCUGCAUGUUGAUUCAAGAAGCUACUAUGGAGGAAACUGGGCCAGUUUCAGCUUUUCAGGGCUGUUGUCCUGGCUAAAGGAAUAUCAGGAAAACAAUGACAUUGUGAUUGAUAGUUCACUGUGGCAAGAGCAGAUCCUUGAAAAUGAAGAAGCCAUUGCACUCAUCAGGAAGGACAAAACUAUUCAACAUGUGGAAGUUUUUUGUUAUGCCAGUCAGGAUUUGCAUGAAUAUGUUGAAGAAGCUGGUGCACUGCAGAAAAAUCAUGCUUCUGUUACACCUGUGAACUCCUCAGAAGCUGCACAUUCUGCCUGCCUGCCUACAGAAGAUGAGCCAUUAAGCACUGAGAACUGUGAAAUGCCCGAAGAGCAAACUCCAAGCAGUGAUCCUGAGAGUGCCCUAGAAGUGAAUGAUGCUGAAGAGACAGGGGAGAAAGAAAACCAUAGUGAUUGUAAAACUUCAGAAGAAAAACCAAAUGAAAAUGUGCCUACAGCAGAGGACACUGCAGAACAACCAAAGAAAAAUCGGAUCACUUACUCACAGAUUGUUAAAGAAGGCAGGAGAUUUAAUAUUGACUUAGUAUCAAAGCUCCUGUAUUCUCGGGGAAUGCUAAUUGAUCUUCUAAUCAAAUCUAAUGUUAGUCGAUACGCAGAGUUUAAAAAUAUCACCAGGAUUCUUGCUUUUCGUGAAGGAAGAGUGGAACAGGUCCCUUGUUCCAGAGCUGAUGUCUUUAAUAGCAAACAACUUACUAUGGUAGAAAAGCGAAUGCUAAUGAAAUUUCUUACCUUUUGUAUGGAAUAUGAGGAGCAUCCUGAUGAAUAUAAAGCCUAUGAAGACAUUACAUUUUCUGAGUAUUUAAAAACUCAAAAAUUAACUCCCAACCUCCAAUAUUUUGUCUUGCAUUCAAUUGCAAUGACAUCAGAAACAACCAGCAAUACCAUAGAUGGUCUCAAAGCUACCAAAAACUUUCUUCACUGUCUUGGGCGGUAUGGCAACACUCCGUUUUUGUUUCCUUUAUAUGGCCAAGGAGAACUGCCUCAGUGUUUCUGCAGGAUGUGUGCUGUGUUUGGUGGGAUCUAUUGUCUUCGCCAUUCUGUACAGUGCCUUGUAGUGGACAAAGAAUCCAGAAAAUGUAAAGCAAUUAUAGAUCAGUUUGGUCAGAGAAUAAUCUCUAAGCAUUUCCUCGUGGAGGACAGUUACUUUUCUGAGAACACAUGUUCACGUGUGCAAUACAGGCAGAUCUCCAGGGCAGUUCUGAUUACAGAUAGAUCUGUACUAAAAUCAGAUUCAGAUCAACAGAUUUCCAUUUUGAUAGUUCCAGCAGAGGAACCAGGAAGUUUUGCUGUUCGGGUCAUUGAGUUAUGUUCUUCAACGAUGACAUGCAUGAAAGGCACCUAUUUGGUUCAUUUGACUUGUACAUCUUCCAAAACAGCAAGAGAAGAUUUAGAAGCAGUUGUGAAGAAAUUGUUUAUUCCAUAUACAGAAAUGGAGAUAGAAAAUGAAGAAGUUGAAAAGCCAAGAAUUCUAUGGGCUCUCUAUUUCAAUAUGAGAGAUUCUUCCAACAUCAGCAGGAACUCUUAUAAUGAUUUGCCAUCCAACGUUUAUGUCUGCUCUGGCCCAGAUGGUGGUUUAGGAAAUGAUAAUGCAGUCAAGCAGGCUGAAACAAUUUUCCAGAAUAUAUGCCCCAAUGAAGACUUCUGUCCACCACCACCAAAUCCUGAAGAUAUUGUCCUUGAUGGAGACAGUUCACAACCAGAGUCUUCAGAACCCAGUGCCAUUCUAGAAGCCAACUCAGAGACUCCUGCUGAAAGCACAACCCAGGGAAACCUAGAGGAGUCCUCUGAAUAAAGGAUAUAUACCAAACUCAAUACCCCACUUUGGAAAUUCCCAUGGACCUCAGAAUCUUCUUAAUGUAAAAAAUUUUAGAAGUCAGCAGCCAGUUGACAUGCAGAAUUAUAAGAAGACACAGGUCAAAGAAAUCCAUAAGGGAAUUUUCCUUAAAGAGGACAUUCCAGUAACACAUAGCACUUACAAAGCACAUUGACUUACCUGCCUAUUUUAAAUACCAAACCUAUGAAAUUAGCAGAUAAAAUUAUAAAUGAACUGAUUCCUGAUAAUAUAGCUAUGGAUAUGAAAGUAAUCCUAUGCAUUGUUAAUAAUUCUGUGGUGUUAGAACAACUUCUUCUUGCCACUUUGGAUCCUUAUUUGAAAGUUACACCUUCAGAAUCAGCUCACAUAUUUAUUUCCUUUGAUUAUUUAUUAAAAUUACAGAUACGAUCAUAUGACAAAAGAUAAAAUAAUAUGUAAAUUCAAUAGAGAAAACUAAAGCAUCAAGAUCCAGGCCAAAGUAUGUGUUUGGAAUAAAAGUUUGUUUUGUUUUUUUUGUGUUGAUAAGAAUAGAAAAUGCCAUAAUUAAGAUAUUUAGGCACUUUUACAGACAAAUCUUAAGUCCCUUACUCAGUAGUGUUUUAAAGUAGUAGUAGUAAUAUUUGUAUGUGAAUCAUUACACACUGGAAAAAGCUCUGUAAGUAAUAAAGAAUGAAAGGAAAGGUUUAGAUAGGAUCCCUGAUAUUUGGAAAUUCUGUCAUCAAGUAACUGGAAUACUAACCUAAUUGUCUACAGACCUAAUUUAGUCAUAUGUGUGCUACUAAUGUUAGUCAAAUAGUUUGUUCUGAGCCUGUUUCUCUAUAUGUAAAGAAGAAACAGUAAUCUGCCUACUGUGUGACAGUGAUUAUGAAGAUGAAAGCAAUGCCAUCCUUAGAAUGUUUUUUCAGGAAAAUUUUGUUUCAGAGUUUCUCAUUGACUUGGGAAUGAAUGUCAUAAAACUUGUGCAGAAAAUAAUUAUUUGUCAUAAAAAUAGAUCAUGUUUUUAUUAAGCUUUUUAAAUGAAUAUUUGUCUUUGAAAUUAGUAUUUAGUAGUCUUUAUAGACCAGUAAACAUAGUAACAAAUGGAUUUCUAGGUUUGAAAUAUUACUAAGGCAAAUACUCUAUAAAGCCCUCAUAUUCCUUUUCUAACUGGUAGGCCUAAAACCAUUAAUGUCUCUGAAUAGAGUGUAACAUUUGGUAAACCCUAAUACGUACUCUAAAUAAAACUAUGAGAGUGUGUGUGUAUGUAUGUAUGUAUGUAUGUGUGUGUGUGGGUAUAUGUAUAUAUACACACAUACACAUGCACAUAGGUAUCAAAUCUACUUAUAGCAACAGUGCCUGUAUUAAAUUUUCCCAAUUCUUUUGAGCAAUAGUUUGAAGUUAGAAGUGUAUGUAAAUAGACUUGAAGCCUCUUGUCACAUAGUUUGGCUUUUAUUGCCUCUCAGGGAGCCGUGGCUCCAGUGGAAAGCACAUAGUUCUUACAUACUUCAACUGCAAAUGGUCCUGACUUUCCCUGGUUCUGGAGAACGUCUUGAAGCUAGUUGUGACUGUCAUACGUUCAUGGGAAAUGGAAAGAACCAAGGAAUGUAGCUCUUGUUUCACUUUUCCAACCCCCACAGAUAGAGCUGAAUCCAGAAGAAAGGAAAACUUUCCAACCUCUCAUUAUACAGCUCCUCCCCUGUCUUACUAGCCCUCUCUUUCCCUCUCUUCCCCUUUUAUAAUGUCACACACAAAUCAGGGACAGUAGAAUAACAUUAUAACCUAGUUUGUUAUAAGGAUUCAGAUCUUUUUUUAACUGAAAUCAUGUUUCCUGAAGCCCAGUUAGGGCAGUGCACUGAAUGCCUAGAAACAUACCCAUAAGUAUAGCAGGUAUUGGUCCUGCCCUUCAAUACCAGCAAUAUAAAAGGUAACACUAUGAGAGUAUUAAAUAUGAACAUAAUGCAGUAAGUUGUACCAAUCAAGAUAUUACACUUUUUUAUAAUUUUAGAGUUAAAGGCCUCCUGAAUGCAGCAUGCACAUUAAUGUAAACAGACAAUCAGGGUAGGCCUAAUAUAACUAAACAUUUUCAGACAGCCUUACUGCAGCUGUCUAUAUGUAGAACAAGACGCUAAUUUGUACUCUCAUGGCCCCGCCUACAUGGCACCCUAUUUUGUCCAUUCAACAAUAUCAGACAUUCUCUUCCAUGUCAUUUAUUAAAUACUGUUGAAAUAUGUAAAAGCUCCUGAGUAUGAUUUGUGAUGAUUACAAUACUACACAGUUGCUAAGAACCUUGUUACAGAAUUCUACUUCCAGUUGCCUCAGAAUGUAAGAUAUUAAUUCUAAAAGCUUUCUCUUCAGUUAUCUUAAUAAUUAAAAUAGUUGUAUUUGUAGAUUUUAAAUCAAAGUAAGAAAAAAACCUUUGAUUUUGUUGCAAAACUUUAAACAUGAAGAUGUAAGAAUAAAAUUAUGUACAUAAUUACAGACAUUUCAGUAGCUAAUUAAAAAUUCUGAAAAUGUUAUUAAAGACUAUGUAUUUAAAUAUUUAGUUAUGCAUGCUUAUUAACCAAAAAUGUUAAUAUUCAGUUAUUGAUUCAUAAGAGAAUUAAUAACUAAUCCUAUAAUGCUUCUAUAUUUUAUUUCUAGUUGUUGUACCUGCCCAGGAAAACAUAUACAAUGAAGGUCAAUUUAUAUAUUUUCUAUAGUGAAAUGGCCACAUCAAUGGGUAACUUCUAGAACAAUGGUAGUUUCUUAGAUUGGCAUGUCCUUUGUCCAAAAUAAUAGCCAUGAUUUUAAACUUGAUUAUUGAUAAUAAUUAUUUAUUCUGUCAAGGCCAUGCUUCCCUGGAUGAGUUGUUUACUGCUACUGGUAUUGAAUAAUUUGUCUUAUUCUCAGUAAAUUUUCUCAAAUUCCAAAA